CAAGGAAAUGACGAAAGAAAUGCAGAUUUGGACGAGAUGGGAAUUGCGGACAAUGUUGACGAGUCGGACGUGGAAGACAUAGACUUACAGGAAGAGGUAGACGGCGAUUCGUUGUCGUUAGAGCCACCACCUGCGAAUAUCUCACCGCUGUACUGUCUGCCGUUGUAUUCGUUGUUAUCGAGUGAAAAACAGCGCAAAGUUUUUGAGCCAAUUCCGGAUGGGUGCAGGUUGUGUGUCGUGGCAACGAAUGUCGCCGAGACGUCGAUCACAAUCCCGGGUGUGCGUUAUGUUGUGGACAGCGGUUAUGAGAAACGACGUGUUCACGACCCAGUAACUGGCAUAUCGCAGUUCAGUGUUCAUCGAAUAUCACAGGCGUCUGCCGAUCAGAGGGCCGGUCGGGCGGGUCGCGUUCAGUCCGGUCAUGUUUAUAGGUUAUAUUCGUCGGCUGUAUUUGCGGAUUUGGAAAAGUUCAGUGUACCGGAAAUUUUGAAUAAACCCGUCGAUCAGCUUGUGUUGCACAUGAAAUCAAUGAAUAUUGUUAAAGUUGGUUCAGAAACUUGUUCUCAGUGA